AUGUCUAGCGCAAAUGGCUCGACCUCUUGGUACCACCCUACUGCGCGUGAGGGGGAUGCCUCCUCGCACUACGAGCCUCAACAUCGGGCGUGGGGUGGAUAUGGGUGCAUGCCCUACCACCACGAACCUCCGGCUUUCCUCACUCAGGCAAAUCCUUAUCGUGUACCGCAAAGCGCGCAUGUGCAAGCUCGUUACGACGCGGUCCCUAUCGAUCACUACGGAUAUACCGCUACGCACGGUAGUGCUGGAUACGUCUAUUGGACUACGAAUCCCGCACCCGCCCCGAUUGCGCAUACCGCCGGCUUCUCCCCACUCCCGCCGCACAACACAAAAACAAGAGAGAGUGGGCAGAGUUUUGUCGCGUCGAAUGACGCGCCGCACCCGGUGGAAGUCGGCUACGCGGAGAGUCGUCACCGUCGUCAUGUACACCACAGCUAUCUGCAUGGGCAUUGCGCGCUGCCGCUAGAGAACGCCUCUACGAAUACGCAACCAUACACGAUCAGCAACGAUUGGUGGCAGCCAUCCAUCGUACCGCCAAUCCCGGAAGCGUCAUGUUCGCAGUCCAGCAGUCUCUCGAACGCUCUCGGGGAUAUCACAUUCAAAUUCGACUUGCCGACAAGCUUAAGCCCGAGUACCCGCGCGCCGCCUCCGCUCAGCGCGAGCGCACAGCCGCCUUCAUCCCAGAACGUAUCGCCGAGGCCGCCGAUCCACGGCUUCGAAGCACUGCCGAUCACGCCGGAUAAGAUCGAAGAUAUCGAACAAGAUCAUAUGCACGACGUCUCCUUCAUCCACGAGACAGGAUCGCCGGAUUUGACGACGCCAAGCACGUCCUUGCGCGCAAGACCGAGUGGUUCGCCUGCGGAGACCGAGCCGCAACCGCGUCGAGUGAAGCGUACCCGCGGCCCUAACAAAGGUCCCCGGAAGGAUCCGGGGUUUGUUGCGUGUUUCUUCUGUCGCGGACGCAAAAUAUCGUGCAAUCCAGUACCAGGCAGCGAGGACAAGAGAUGCGAGUGA